AUGUCGAAAUCUAAUGCAAUACCUGCAUUAAGUGAAACAGUAUCUAAUGCAGUAGCAGCAGAUGAUGAUCAAGUCUAUAUACCACGAACUAAACGACCACACAAAGAAGAUCUAUUCAUUGAUAAGGCAUCAUUGGAACAUCAAUCUGUAGCAUGGUAUGCUUUUAAAGAAACUAUCAAUGAUCUAGUUAAACAAAUCCAUACAUCAAAUGUGAAAAUAAUUAUUCGUCAACUACUUCAAAAUAGUAUCAUUCGUUUUCGGGGUAUACUCGCUAAUAGUAUUAUUAGAGCACAAAUAAAUUCGCCAAAUAAUACAAACAUUUAUGCUGCAUUUGUUUUGUGUUAUUAA